CUCCAGUACAUGCUCGCAGGAGUCGCCGCGGCGAGGGAGUGCGGCGUGGCCACUUACACGGCGGAGCAGGUGAUUCCGUCGACUGCGAUUAUGGAUGGGGUGACACCGCCAGUCGUGGUCGGCGACGCGUCCAACCUGCACUCGCCGCCCGUGCUCGACCUGGGCGGUGUGUGGUGGAUUCGAUACCAGCCCCUCGACGACUCCGAGCGCGGAGAUCUUUCGUGGGAGAACCCGGCGGUGGACACACCGAUCCACAUGACCUUUGGCAACGCAACGCACGGCAUGCUGAGGGCGACCAGCCCUGACUACCAGUGGCUCAUCACAAAGCUCGACAAGGACCGCUGGCGGAGGGACACCGUGUUUGCCGCGGAUGGACCGUUUGGAGGCGCACGCAGGAUGGCUCGCCCCACCCGACCUACUUUGACCUUCACGUCGUACAUGGGAGCGCGGCAGCUGCGGGUCCACGCCACCGAUAACGUGUGCCUGCGGCGUUGCGGCGCCUGGGCACCAGAGCUCACGUGCCAGGUGCCGCAGCUCUGCGACACGUGGUGCGAGCUCUCGGGCACCUGGUGUGCUUGA